CGUCAUCGAGCCGGUCCUGGCAGCAGGUCCCGCCCCGGUGUCGUUGCUGUCACCGAGCGGAAAAUGACGUGAGGACAGCCGCUAGCAUCUCUCCGCGGUGCAGCUCGGUCACGGUUCCCACAGCCCGGGAGCCCGACAGACGCAGAAUCGCCUCUCGGAGCUCCUCACCGGCCGAUCUCUUGUCCUCCUGCUGGGCCGGGCCGCCCCGCGCGCGGCCCCUGAGGCUCCUGGCACGGCCCCGCGCUCGGCUGCUGCCCUGGCGCGCGCCACUUUGUCGUCCCCGGAGGGGCGCGGACCGGCUCGGCCUGGGCGCAGGCGGCUGGGGAGGGGGCGCUGGCCCCGGGGCCGCGCGUGCGCCGCCACCAACCUGGGGCUGUCAGUGGAGGGCGAGUGCUGGCUCCCAGGGGAGGCGACGCCCUUUGGGGCCAACGGGCCGCGCCUCCAAGCAGCCAUGGGAACGACUCACCCCUUUUCCAGCCCUGGGGCGGGGCUGGGGUCGGGGUCGGGGCUGGCGGGGGCCCCGCCCCCAUCUCCUGGCCUGCCCGCUGCCUGGGGCGCGAUGAUGGCGGCUCUGUACCCAGGCUGCGACCUUUCGGGCGCCUCCUCCUCCUCCCUGCCGUCUUCCCCAUCCUCCUCUUCGCCGCCGAACGAGGUGAUGGCGCUAAAAGAUGUGCGGGAGGUGAAGGAAGAGAACACCCUGAAUGAGAAGCUUUUCUUGCUGGCGUGCGACAAGGGUGACUAUUAUAUGGUUAAAAAGAUUUUGGAGGAAAACAGUUCAGGUGACUUGAACAUAAAUUGCAUAGAUGUGCUUGGGAGAAACGCUGUCACCAUAACUAUUGAAAACGAAAACUUGGAUAUACUGCAGCUUCUUUUGGACUACGGUUGUCAGUCCACAGAUGCACUUUUGGUGGCAAUCGACUCUGAAGUAGUGGGAGCUGUUGAUAUACUUCUUAAUCAUCGACCAAAACGAUCCUCAAGACCAAGUAUAGUAAAACUAAUGGAGCGAAUUCAGAAUCCUGAGUACUCAACAACUAUGGACAUUGCGCCUGUCAUUUUAGCUGCUCACCGUAACAACUAUGAAAUUCUGACCAUGCUGUUAAAACAGGAUGUGUCUCUGCCCAAGCCCCAUGCAGUUGGCUGUGAGUGCACUCUGUGUUCUGCAAAAAACAAAAAGGACAGCCUCCGACAUUCCAGGUUUCGUCUUGAUAUAUAUCGUUGUUUGGCCAGUCCAGCUCUAAUAAUGUUAACAGAGGAGGAUCCAAUUCUGAGAGCAUUUGAACUUAGUGCUGAUUUAAAAGAAUUAAGCCUUGUGGAGGUGGAAUUCAGGAGUGAUUAUGAGGAACUAGCCCGGCAGUGUAAAAUGUUUGCUAAAGAUUUGCUUGCACAAGCCCGAAAUUCACGGGAACUGGAAGUCAUUCUAAACCAUACAUCUAGUGAUGAGCCCCUGGACAAACGGGGAUUACUAGAAGAAAGAAUGAAUUUGAGUCGUCUCAAACUUGCUAUCAAAUAUAACCAAAAGGAGUUUGUCUCCCAGUCUAACUGCCAGCAGUUCCUGAACACUGUUUGGUUUGGACAGAUGUCAGGUUACCGACGGAAGCCCACCUGUAAGAAGAUAAUAACUGUUUUAACAGUUGGCAUCUUUUGGCCAGUGUUGUCAUUGUGCUACUUGAUCGCUCCCAAAUCUCAGUUUGGCAGAAUCAUUCACACACCUUUUAUGAAAUUUAUUAUCCAUGGAGCGUCAUAUUUCACAUUCCUGCUGUUACUAAACCUAUACUCUCUUGUCUACAAUGAAGAUAAGAAAAACACAAUGGGGCCAGCCCUUGAAAGAAUAGACUAUCUUCUCAUACUCUGGAUUAUUGGGAUGAUCUGGUCAGACAUUAAAAGACUCUGGUAUGAAGGGUUGGAAGACUUUUUAGAAGAAUCUCGUAAUCAACUCAGUUUUGUCAUGAAUUCACUUUAUUUGGCAACCUUUGCCCUCAAAGUGGUUGCUCACAACAAGUUUCAUGAUUUUGCUGAUCGGAAGGACUGGGAUGCAUUCCAUCCUACGCUGGUGGCAGAAGGGCUUUUUGCAUUUGCAAAUGUUCUGAGUUAUCUUCGUCUCUUUUUUAUGUAUACAACAAGCUCUAUCUUGGGUCCAUUACAGAUUUCAAUGGGACAGAUGCUACAAGAUUUUGGAAAGUUUCUUGGGAUGUUCCUUCUUGUUUUGUUUUCUUUCACAAUUGGAUUGACACAACUGUAUGAUAAAGGCUAUACUCCCAAGGAACAGAAGGACUGUGUAGGCAUCUUCUGUGAACAGCAAAGCAAUGAUACCUUCCACUCGUUCGUUGGCACUUGCUUUGCUUUGUUCUGGUAUAUUUUCUCCUUAGCACAUGUUGCAAUCUUUGUCACGAGAAUCAGUUACGGAGAAGAGCUGCAGUCCUUUGUGGGAGCCGUGAUUGUCGGGACGUACAACGUGGUGGUGGUGAUCGUGCUCACCAAGCUGCUUGUGGCCAUGCUGCACAAAAGCUUUCAGCUGAUUGCAAAUCACGAAGACAAAGAAUGGAAGUUUGCUCGAGCCAAGCUGUGGCUUAGCUACUUUGAUGACAAAUGUACUUUACCUCCCCCUUUCAACAUCGUUCCCUCACCAAAGACAAUCUGCUAUAUGAUCAGUAGCCUCAGUAAAUGGAUUUGCUCUCAUACAUCCAAAGGCAAGGUUAAACGGCAAAAUAGUUUAAAGGAAUGGAGAAAUUUGAAACAAAAGAGAGAUGAAAACUACCAAAAAGUGAUGUGCUGCUUAGUGCAUCGUUACCUGACUUCCAUGAGGCAGAAGAUGCAAAGUACAGAUCAGGCAACUGUGGAAAAUCUAAAUGAACUGCGCCAAGAUCUGUCAAAAUUCCGAAAUGAAAUAAGAGAUUUACUUGGCUUUCGGACUUCUAAAUAUGCUAUGUUUUAUCCAAGAAAUUAACCAUUUUCUAAAUCAUGUAGAGAAUAAUUUUCAAUAAUAACUCUGAAAGACUGUUUGCAUAACUCGCAAUUCAAUAAGAUAUAUAUUGAAAUAAACAAUUAUGUAAAAGCCAUUCUUUAAAAUAUUUAUUGCAUAAAUAUAUGUUAUAUAAAAUAUGUAUAUAGAAUUAGUUUUUUAGAACCCUCUGUUAGCGACUUUUUGUAGGAGCAAAACAGAUUAAGGAAAGAGAUUUUGUAAGCAUGCUGCUUGGUUUUCGUAUUUGAACAGUGCAGUAAAAGUUUUUCUCUAUGUUUAAAAAGGGCAGUUGUGAUUGUACAGAUUGCCAGAAAGUUCAGUAAUGAAGAUCGGUAAAUGCGGGCUGAUCUCUGUCCGUAGGAUAACUUGAAAUAAUAGAAGUCAUGGUUUUAAAAUCUCUGUUUUAGGACUUCACAUAUCAUUCAGUAUUUAUUAUUUAGGAGUAUAGUUUUUGUCUAAAAUAAUAGUCCAUUUUUUUCUUAUUUUGUUGUAAUCCUAAGCAACAAAGAAGCAACCUUAAUGGAUAUUUGAAUUUAUUCAUGUCUCUGUAAAUUUAAAUUCAUUUCAGUUUUGUUAUUGUAAUAAACCAGGGUUGCCAAAAAAUAUAUACACAUUUUAAGAGAUGUUAUCUAUGUAUUACUUUUUGAACCUGAAUUGAAUUUUGGUAGCACUGUGUAGUAUGAUGUUCGCUCAAAAGAUGGCAUUAAUCAAAUGAAUACUAGCGUUACCUUUGUCCUUGGUAGGACAGUCAAAGAAACUGGCAGAAGCACGAUUGUUGUUCGAGGGGCGCAAGAUCAUUUUGAAGUGGUAUUUGAAAUUCGAGAACGUUGUGGAAGUACAACUACAAUGAAGGCAUGAGUGUACAACAGAACCUCCAACAUGCCUAACAAUUGUACCCAUUCAUGAUAAGUUUGAGACGUAUGGUACUGUGUGAAGAAA